AUGCAGGUGUUGGACAGAGCGUGCGGAGCGCACGGUUAUCCCGUGCGUAAUUACGCAUCGGCAGCACCGUACCCGCAGUACGGGAGCAGCCAGGGCACAUUCGUGAAGCCGCCGAGUGGGAAAUCGUUCACGAUCGACGCUUUACUCGCCAAACCGGAGGACACGAGCAGCAAGCGCACGAAUCCGACACACACCGGAGUGAAAUAUCAACCGGCGGCGGAUCCGUUUCUGUGCCUCAGCGCGCACGCCGGCGUACCUUUGGCACCGGCGCCUUACCUGUGCUCAGCGCAGCCUGGAUAUUCUUUCCACUGCUGCCCUACUUUGGCCACUCUCACGUACCACACGCCGUGCAGGAGCGCGUUUUACGCACAAGUUUCAGCAUCCAAAGUCAACCCGGGCCUGCCCUCCCUUAAAGCCAAAGGUGGGAAAUCGAAGCGGAUGCGCACGAGUUUCACCAGCGAGCAGCUGUCCCGGCUGGAGAAGGAGUUCGCGCGGCAGCAGUACAUGGUGGGGUCAGAGAGGUUCCUCCUGGCUUCGGCUCUGCAGCUCACAGAAGCUCAGGUCAAGGUCUGGUUUCAGAACCGGCGCAUCAAGUGGCGCAAACAGAGUCUGGAGCAGCAGCAGGCCAAGCUGGCCAAACUGGGUCUGGCGGCUCCGCCGAAGAGUCCCGGUUCUCAGGGCCACGGGGAUGAGGAGUUUUCUGAUUCUUCAGACGUGGACGUGGACGUGUCCGAUGAUCCCUGCUGACCGGACGCAUGGAAAAACUCUUGGACAUGUGUGGAGACAGGAGGAGGCCUUCCUCUCCAACUUAUUUAAUCCAUAUAUUUAAUUUUCUACAUUUAUUUCUCCUAUGAGUCAAACUUUAUGUGCAGUUUUUUUUUUUUUUUUUUGUAUAUUUGAAUGGAAUUCAGAAAUAUAUUUUAUAACAGUA